CAUAAUGCUCCAAUUCCUCAAGGAGGACGUGGUGCAAUCCAGUUUGUGACCCAGUAUCAGCAUUCAAGUGGGCAGAGGCGCAUCCGGGUGACCACCAUUGCUAGGAACUGGGCAGAUGCUCAAACUCAAAUCCAAAACAUCGCUGCAUCUUUUGACCAGGAGGCAGCUGCCAUUCUUAUGGCCCGGCUAGCAAUAUAUAGAGCAGAAACAGAGGAAGGACCAGAUGUGCUCAGAUGGCUGGACAGACAGCUCAUUCGACUGUGUCAGAAAUUUGGAGAGUAUCACAAAGAUGAUCCAAGUUCCUUUAGAUUUUCGGAAACUUUCUCUCUUUAUCCACAGUUUAUGUUUCAUUUGAGACGAUCUCCUUUCUUGCAAGUUUUUAACAAUAGUCCCGAUGAAAGUUCGUAUUAUCGUCAUCAUUUUAUGCGUCAAGAUCUGACCCAGUCUCUAAUCAUGAUUCAGCCUAUUCUGUAUGCAUAUUCUUUUAGUGGACCACCAGAGCCGGUUCUUCUUGAUAGCAGCAGCAUUCUUGCAGAUCGUAUUCUUCUUAUGGACACAUUCUUCCAGAUUUUGAUUUAUCAUGGUGAGACUAUAGCACAGUGGCGGAAGUCAGGAUACCAAGACAUGCCAGAAUAYGAAAAUUUCCGUCACCUUCUGCAAGCCCCAGUAGAUGAUGCACAGGAGAUCCUUCACUCCAGAUUUCCAAUGCCAAGAUACAUUGACACCGAACAUGGGGGCAGCCAGGCUCGUUUCCUGCUUUCAAAAGUCAACCCUUCACAGACUCAUAAUAAUAUGUAUGCCUGGGGGCAGGAGUCUGGAGCACCCAUCCUCACAGAUGAUGUUAGUUUACAAGUGUUUAUGGAUCACUUGAAGAAACUUGCUGUGUCAAGUGCUGCUUGACAUAUGAAACAUGYUAAAGACACUUAAGAAGAUGAAAUAUUUUAGUUUCAUUUUUUUCCCUUUUUCAGUUUGUCUGUGGAAACCAACAGAUCUCUCUAGACUUUUUUUUUGUAUCAGUAUGGUUUGAGAAAACAUAAAAAUGUUCACGUUUGUAGAUAAAGCUGGAAUAUAAUGAGAGCAUUGAGAACAAAUUUGUUUUGCUUGCCACAGUAUUAUAACUGGUUUUAGAAUUUCAAAGUUUUUAUAAAUUAUGUUUAAGAGUAAAAAUAGAGUCUGCCUUGUACAACAGAUAUAACUUAUUUGUAUAUUGCAGACAAAUCCAAGGUGGCACUGAAUAUCCUCACUGACCUUUUAAAAACUUAUUUAAUUUUAGCCAGAAAGGAACAAAUCAAUAGUUAUGAUAAAUGUGAACAUUUUUUCUUAUUUGUUGAAUUUUUUUUAGUGAUUUUCAGCAUUUAUGCAUACACUUUUUCCUGUAGUUUUUCUGGUAAGGCAGAUUUACUUUAUGAUUUGUUUAGAAAUUAUCUGACUUUAUAAUGGCAAUUUUCAUGAAGAUAAUUUAAUGUUUUUGAUUAUUUGRAAAAAUUAUUUAGAGAUGAAAAAUUUUGGUGGGGGUAACAUUCCCACAAAUGACAAUAAAUGUGAAAUUCCUACAAAGUACCUAACUUAUGUGACUAACCACAAUAAUUUCUUUUUAAAAAGGAUACAGAAAAUAAAGCAUUUGGUUAGAGUGCAUAAAGAAAGCCUUUGCAGUAAAAUGACUAUUGUAACUACUAAACCAAAUUUGGUUUUCACUACUCAUUUUGUUGUUUUCCCUUCUUUUUCUGUGGUAAAWUUUACAUUAUAUCCUUCAGUAUUUUAACACUAUUUUGGGAGUUUACAUUUCUUAUUUCUGCUUCCUUUGUGUGAACUUUAUUAAGUUGUGGUUCUUAUUGAAACAGUAUUAUAUAAUGUUUAAUUAUGUCACAUGAUGAUACUUAGUUCUGUUUUGAUUUAUUCAUCAGUAACAUUCGCUUUUACCUUUUAAAGUUUACUUAUAGCAGAUGUUUACAUUGCUAAAGCCAGAUAUGUUUUGACAAUGAAAUUUACAUAUCAAGUACUGCAAAUGAAAGGUGGUGCGCUGAUAUAUGCUUAGAAAGAUAGUUCUGAUGAUUGUUACUUGCAUGAACACAAUCAUAUGAUGGUAAAACAGAAAACUUAUAAUUGUUAUAUUCAGUUUGCUUAAGUAAGUUCCAUUUUAUUUGAAUUGAACUGUGCUAGACCAAAAUGCCAAUAAAAUAUACUUUUCUCUGUG